GGGCGCGCCCGCCGCCGUGGCCGCGGCAUGGAGGGGCGGCGGAGCCGCUGAGCCGCGCCGCCAUGGCCAAGAGCCGCGGGGGCGGCGGGCCCGGCUCGCCCGGCAGCGCCCGCGGCCUGGCGGGGACCCGCGAGAGCCUGGCGGAGGCGGGCGGCGACGAGCUCAGCUCGCUGGGCUCCGACUCGGAGGUCAACGGCGGCGGCGGCCCCGAGGAGCGGCGCGUCGACAAGUUCGGCUUCAUCGUGGGCAGCCGCAGCGCCGAGGGGCCGCUGGAGGAGGUGCCCUUGGAGGUGCUGCGGCAGCGCGAGUCCAAGUGGCUGGACAUGCUCAACAACUGGGACAAGUGGAUGGCCAAAAAGCACAAGAAGAUCCGGCUGCGGUGCCAGAAGGGGAUCCCGCCCUCACUGAGGGGCCGAGCCUGGCAGUACCUCUCCGGCAGCAAGGUCAAGCUGGAGCAGAACAUCGGCAAGUUUGAUGAGCUGGAUCUCCUCCCGGGAGAGCCGAAGUGGCUGGACGUGAUCGAGCGGGAUCUCCAUCGGCAGUUCCCCUUCCACGAGAUGUUUGUCUCACGCGGAGGCCACGGGCAGCAGGACCUGUUUCGGGUGCUGAAGGCCUACACGCUGUACCGCCCGGAGGAGGGCUACUGCCAGGCCCAGGCCCCCAUCGCUGCGGUCCUGCUCAUGCACAUGCCGGCCGAGCAAGCGUUCUGGUGCCUGGUACAGAUCUGCGAGAAGUACCUCCCCGGCUACUACAGUGAGAAGCUGGAGGCCAUUCAGCUGGACGGGCAGAUCCUCUUCUCGCUGCUGCACAAGGUCUCGCCCGUGGCCUACAAGCACCUGAGCAAGCAGAAGAUCGACCCCAUCCUCUACAUGACGGAGUGGUUCAUGUGCGCCUUCUCUCGCACGCUGCCCUGGAGCUCUGUGCUGCGUGUCUGGGACAUGUUCUUCUGCGAAGGGGUGAAAAUCAUUUUCCGGGUGGGCCUGGUGCUGCUCAAACACACCCUGGGCUCCUCGGACAAGCUCAAGUCCUGCCAGGGCCAGUACGAGACCAUGGAGCGGCUGAGGGCCCUCAGCCCCAAGAUCAUGCAGGAGACCUUCCUGGUGCAGGAGGUCAUCGAGCUGCCGGUGACGGAGCGGCAGAUCGAGCGGGAGCACCUGAUCCAGCUGAAGAAGUGGCGGGAGACACACGGGGAGCUGCAGUGCAAGUCCCCCCCACGCCUGCACGGCGCCAAGGCCAUCAGUGAGGCCGAGCCCCCCACCCGCAAGGCGCUGGAGCCCGUGCCCUCCAUCAUCGUGCCCCCCGGGCCAGCCCCGGUGCCCAAGGCCCGCAAGAGCAAGGAGAAAAACCGAGAGAAGAGUUCAGGCAGCCCCGCCAACAGCCCCGGAGCUGAGGGCAACGGGGCGCCCGGUGCUGCCCGUGAGCUGCUGCACCCCCAGGUGUCCCCCCACCACCAGUCCAAGGAGAGCCUGUGCUCCCGGGAGAGCGAGGACACGUACUUGUAGGGCCGACGCCGCGCUGCGCCCGGGCAGCCGGGCUCAGCUGGGCUGUGCACGGACCCGGGCUCGAGGACGCUGCUCCCUCUGUGGCCGGGGGCGGGAGGGGACCCCCGCGGCGCCUGGCGGUGGGGACACGGGGCUGGAGGGAUCAGGAUGCGGCCGCUGCCCUGCGGGGACGGGCUGGCUGCUGCGGCACCAUGGGAAUGCCACAUGGUGGUGCCCGCUUAGGGUGGGCGUGAAGCUGGGGUCCCAUGGUUGGAGGGGGGCAUUUGUGGGAGCUCAACCGAGCGCCGUGACAAAAGGGGAACAUGUCCAGCACACGCUGGGUGCCUGCAUUGUCCCCACCCCAGCAGGGUGCUGGCACCAUGAGCGGUGGGAGCCCUGGCAUGGGGUGGCUGAGCCACCCGUGCUCCCUCGCUGCGGCUGGGGGGCCAGGCUGCCCCUCGGGUCCUGGUCCUUGUCCCCCAGCCCCUUGACCCACGUCCCCAGCGUCCCUCCCGCCGCCCCCGGGCUUCCCCUGCCCACCUGUGCUGGCAGGGCAGACCCAGACCCAGUUCCCCAGUGCUUGCGCCUGGCGCAGCGGGACUGGGGGUACGUGAGGAGCCGGGGGCAGCUGCUGCCCCCCUCCUCUUUAUCUAGUGAGGAUGUAUCAAAGUGUAGCCCAAUAUGUAGUACUGAAUUUACCUAUUCACUGAGCCUAUUUAUUAUUCCUCCGUGGCAGUAACUGUUGCAGGAUGGGGGCCAAGGUUGGGAACUGCAGGCGGGAUGCACCAGAGGCGGCGGGAUUUGAUGCCAGACCAUGACCCUCGCAAGCCCUAUGCAGGGGUCCCCCUCUUGCCACCCACCCCACAGCGGAGGUGAGAUGGGGCGCGAGCGGCCGGGCGCUCCCCGCUGCGGGGUCCCCUCUCUUCCCCCUGCCCUCACCAAGGGCUGGGGGUAGCUUUGUAAAAUAAAGCGGGGGAAAAUGGUUUUGUACAAAGGGAAAAUAAAGCAGGAUUGUGUAAAGGC